AACUUUUCGAUCCAAAUUAACCACACUCAAGGAAAGAAACAAUGGAAACUCGUGCAGAAAAGAGAAAGUCAAAUGUCAUGGCCUCAGUUGUGGUGCAGAGACAACAUCCCAAGAAGCAACGCGUUUGCUUCACUCAACCUUCCAAUCUACCAAACUUUGCCGAAACUUCUAGUCUUUGCGAAGAGAAACUGCAAUCUCUGUGGAAUAAUGUCAACCUUAAAAGAUCAAAUUCCAGGAACAACUUUCUUCCUUCCUCCCAAAUUCAUGAACUUGAUGUUUGGGACAUCAACGAGUAUCUUCGUGCCUUGGAGAUAAAGAGAAGACCAAUGGUUAACUAUAUUCAGAAAGUUCAAAGAACAAUUACCUCCAACAUGAGAGCAGUAUUAAUGGAUUGGUUAGUAGAACUUGCCGAGCAGCACAAUCUUCUCUCGGAUACUCUUCUGCUCUGUGUGUCAUACAUUGAUAGGAAGUAUGAGGAAGUUGAUCCACCCAGUUUGAAUGAGUUCUGUAACGUCACUGAUAACACCUGUAAUAAGACAGAGAUUAUAAAGAUGGAGGCUGAAAUACUCAAGACUUUGAAUUUUGAGAUGGAAAAUCCUACUGCAAUCACUUUUUUGAGGUUUUUUUCUUGGGCUGCUUCUGAUAAUCAAAGAACUCCAAAUUUGAAGGUUGAAUUUUUGGGCUGGUAUUUUGUUGAGCUGAGUUUGUUGGAUUAUGAUUGUAUAAGAUUCUUGCCGUCUGUUGUAGCAGCAUCUGCUUUAUUUCUAGCCAGAUUUUUGAUUGAUCCUGAAGUGCAUCCUUGGACUUCUUCCUUGUUUGAAUGUUCGGGUUACAAACCAGUUGAAUUGAAAGAGUGUGUUCUCAUCUUGCAUAAUUUGCAUUUGUCAAGAAAGGCAGAAUCUUUCGAAGCUGUUAGGGAGAAAUACAAGCAGCACAAAUUCAAAUACGUGGCAAAUUUACCUUCUCCUUCAUAUGUACCAAGUUACUACUUUGAAGACCAGUUGCAUAUGAAUGAUCAGCAAACGUUAUGUACGAUUGACAAUGUACAUUCCACUCCAUGAAAAUUUCAACCUUGUCACUGUAUUUUUCUUCUGACAUUGAUCAUCAUUAUUGUGGGAGUUGUUCGAAGUUAUUGGAUUCAGAGUUUGUGCAAUUAGAGAUGAUACAGUUUGCAAAUCUGCAACCCUCUAGGAUCAAUGAGAAUUUCUAUCUUUUAUGGCAAAAGCUUUCAUGGAUAGGAUCUGUAGUUUUUACAGCUAUGAAUACUUGUUUAGGAGGCAUGCAGAAAUAUUUUGUUCAUGUUUAUUUUUUGUUCACUUUUGAAUCCAUGAUUUUAAUUAUUAGGCUCUGGUUAUUUGAUUAUUUUAUGCAAACUGCAUUAAGGGGUUAAUGGCUGCAUGAUCGUCAAUGUCUGUGUUCCCAUUGUCUAUUUGUAAGUGAAAAAUUAGCAUCGUUUUAGUUCUGGUGAUUGUGAUUUGCAAUAACAAAAUUUUCUAA